AUGGAAGUUUUAAAUCAUGUUGAUGAAAGGUAUGUUUUUUUUUUUUUACUAACUUCUGUAAUUUUGUAAAAACGAUAUAACCAUAAAUCCGAGAUAUUGUUAAUAUAUUAUUAACAGAAUAUUUUGGUUUAUUUUUAUAAAUUUAAGGAAGAUAUAUAAAAAUAUUUAUUUCGUAAAAUGUUUCGUUAAAUCAAAUAUAUAUUUUUGUCUUAUAUAAAAAUUGAAAAUAUAAAACUUUGAUGUAUGAGGUUAUCUUAUCCAGAACAUAAUUUCAGUUAUAUCGUUUAAAAAGCUUUUAAUUAAUUUGAUACUUUUCUAAAUAUAUAUUUUAUAGUGUGGAUGAAAAUACAAUUAGCAAUGACAAUGUCGGCGUAGUUUUAGAAGAAGCAGAAAUAAUAGAUUGUGAUACAGAAAUAGAAACUAUCACAGAAGAAGACAAUAUACAGUAUCAAUUAUGUGAAGUAAAUAGAAAUGAUAAUGCAGUGGCAUAUCGCGUGGUACAAGUCAGUGAUAAUCAUACAAAUAACUCUGAAUUAUCAAUAGCUGCACCUAUAAAUAAUACUGUUCAAGUUUUGACAUCGCCUAUAAAUGGUCAGUUCUAUGUACUUAGUAAUGGUAAUGAAGUAGUUACCUCGGAAACUACAAGAACGGUUGCACCACGUGUUAAACUGCAAAUAGACAAUCCACAAAACAUCCUUACAACUAUUAAAAAGAGAGAUGAAAGAAGGAGAGUAACACAUAAUGAAGUCGAAAGACGCCGUAGAGAUAAAAUUAAUAAUUGGAUUUCAAAAUUGGGAAAACUUUUACCAGAGUGUGAACAAAGUGCUACAGGAGAUGGAGAUUUAAAAACUAAUUUUGAGUUACAAAGUAAAGGAGGAAUUUUAGCAAGAGCAUGCCAAUACAUUACAGAAUUGCGUGACAUACAGGAAAAUUUUCAACAAAGUUUAGAUGAAAAUGCUCAAUUGUUAGAAGAAGCUAGAACUCUAAGGCAAGUAGUAAAUCAAUUGAGGAAAGAAAAUUCAGAAUUAAAAGAUCAAAUUGCAAAAAAUUCAACUUAUAUACUUGGUACCUAAUUUUUGUGAGUAUCUAUAGUAAAUAAUAAUAGAUAGGUUUUCCUUUUAUUAAAUAUCUUUUCCUUUAAUAUGAUUUUAUUCAAAGUAUAUUACCUUCUUAAGUAAAAAAUAAUCUAUAGGAAAUGCAUACAGUUUAAUAUAAUAAAAUAGUAAUGAUGUAAUUAUAAAAUGUUUAUUUACAUAUAUUUAACUGAGUAUAUAUUUAUAUUUUGAAAACAAUUGUAAACAUAUUAUGUAAUUUCAACUGUACAUAUCAUGAACAAUAAUUAUUAUAUAACGUGAACAAUCGAGCAAAGAUAGUAAUUUAUUAUUAAACCAUUAAAUUAAAUAUACAAAUAUACAAAACAUUGUGCCAUCAAUCAAUAAUUGAUCUUUAUCCAAAAGUUAUAUGUCAUUCAGUUUUAAAGUUCCUUAUUACCUAGAACAUGUUGAAAUUUCCACUAAUGAAGAGUUCUACAAUAUUUACACUUAUAAAAUACAAUAUCUACUUAUUUACAUGAAACAAAGCGAUACAUUAUUGUAUCAAUUUUUUUUCAAAUAUUUCAAAGUGCAACGUGCACGUGCAUAUUAAUGACGUACAAUUACAAAAUGUGCUAAUCAUCAAUAUGCACGUGCAACUAUUUACGUUAAAUGCAAGGGAAAAUAUAUGCAUUCACAUACAUAUGCAACAGCCUAAACUGUUAUUACUGUAACGCCUAGUAAUAUUAUUGCUUUAAAGCACAUUAUUUUGACGUUUGUGCAGAAUAAUGUCUGUUUCAAUAUUUCAGAGUAAUAAUACAAAUUUUCCAAUUUAUAACUACAGAAAGAGUAUGUAUCAAAUUAUUAAUUAUAUAUUUACUAAAUUAUGUGUCUUUGUUAAGAUAUGUAGAGUAUGGUCAAUAUGGGAAAAGAAGAAAUAUUAUAAUAUUGAAACUCCUUUUUUUCAUUUUGUAACUAAUGUGUCCAUAGAAUAUUUGCAAUAUUACUCUGAUAAUGUAUAGAAUUUUUAUUUCUUAAUUGAUGUGAAUUAGUGAAUGAAUGAAAAGUUCUGAGUUGUGCGAUAGUAUGCGAUAUUAUCGUUUCAGCGCUUAUAAUUAACGUGUGAUAUUUCUCUUCUUACAUUUAGUCACAUUGGCCAUUAUAUAUAGUUGUCCUUAUAUAACAAUGCUUAUAGAGAAAUUGCGUUCGAACAAAUAAAUUUGUUCUAUAAAAAUAACUCUUAAAUGAAUUAGGUCCAGCAACAAAUGUAUCGCUUCUAGUCUACACAUCAAUG